CACAGACGCGAGGCUUGAAGGGUUGAAGCCAAUCCACACGCUACAUAGGAAUAGAAAAUUGUUUUUCCUUCCUCUAAAACCAUAACCCAAGAACUAUAAUUACAGUACACAAUAUCAAACGACGUAAUCCAAAAUGGGAACAGUAAUCGACUCCCACUUUCUAGCUCUCACUGCCAUCGUCACUGUGGGAUAUCAGUUGCUAUUUUUUAUAGUCACUGCUAUUCUCAAGUUUGAUAAGGUCACUGACUUUGCUGGAAGCACGAAUUUUAUAAUACUUGCUGUGUUGACUCUGGUUUUGAAAGGGGCAUGGCAUUUCAGGCAGGUAGUUUUGAGUAUACUAGUAGUACUGUGGGGUCUUCGCCUGGGAUUGUUCCUAUUAAUGAGGAUUCUGCAGUGGGGAGAGGAUAGACGCUUUGAUGAAAUGCGUGGUAAUUUGGGGAGAUUAGCAAUUUUCUGGAUAUUUCAGGCUGUCUGGGUUUGGACAGUGAGUUUACCUGUAACAGUAGUUAAUGCAAGUGACAGAAAUCCAUCUAUUCAGGCUGAGGAUAUAAUUGGAUGGCUUAUGUGGUCUGUGGGGGUUUCAAUUGAAGCUGCAGCUGAUCAACAAAAACUGGUAUUCAAGAACUCUCCAGAAAAUAGAGGAAAAUGGUGCAAUGUUGGACUAUGGAAAUACUCUCGUCACCCAAAUUAUUUUGGCGAGAUUUUCCUCUGGUGGGGAAUUUUUGUGGCUUCUACUCCUGUGCUAGAAGGUGCUGAGUGGCUUGUAAUCCUUGGGCCGAUCUUUCUCACACUGUUGCUUUUUUUCGUCAGUGGCAUACCAUUGCUUGAGGAAUCUGCUGACAAGAAAUUUGGCAACGUGGCUUCAUAUAGAGUGUAUAAGAGGACAACUAGCCCCUUCAUUCCUCUGCCCCCUGCUGUGUAUGGGAACUUGCCUUCGUGGUUCAAAACAAUUUUCCUCUUCGAAUUUCCUUUCUAUAGUCGCAGUCUUCCAAAUGAGGGUACAACAUGACUCACCACUUGUGCAAGGUGUAGAACAAGCUGAGUAGGAGUCAGCAGUGGAUUGAAGAUGAGUUAGAAUUUGAUUCUUUGCAACUGCUCUGGUUUAUAAUAGGUUCUGUUCAAGUUAUUAGUGCUAAGCUCUCAAGUACUUCUGCCUUUCAAAGUUAUAUGUAUUAGACUGUACAUUCUCCCCUCACUUGGAUACCUAUUGACUUUUGAUUUAUAAAGCUGCCCAAAUACUUAUUGAA